CUAAAGAAGAUCGAGACAAAGGAAGAAAGCAUCAAAUGUUCAGUAGUGUGAGAUGAAGAAGAAGAGUUAUCUAUACCUGAAUCUGCAUUUGUGUUCUUCAUUUUUGUUCCUUUUGUUUUCUUCUUCUUUCGCUUUAGCAGAACAAGAUGUGUUCGUUUCUAGCAAUGGCAGCCUUACGGAUGCCGAAGCUAUGUAUAUCAGGCAGAGGCAGCUUUUGUACUACAGGGAUGAGUUCGGUGACAGAGGAGAGAAUGUCACCGUCGAUCCUUCUUUAGUCUUUGAGAAUGCCAGACUCAAGAACGCUUACUAUGCCUUGCAAGCUUGGAAGCAAGCUAUACUCUCCGAUCCCCUCAAUCUGACUGCUGAUUGGGUCGGAUCUGAUGUUUGCAACUACACUGGCGUUUUCUGUACUCAAGCGCUCGAUAAUCCACGGAUCCGAACCGUCGGUGGCAUUGAUCUCAACCACGGCGAUAUUGCCGGUUAUCUUCCGGAGGAGUUAGGGUUGCUUACCGAUCUCGCAUUGUUUCAUAUUAACUCCAAUCGCUUCUGUGGAACUGUGCCUCACAAGUUCGUUAACCUCAAGCUUCUGUACGAGCUGGAUCUAAGUAACAAUCGAUUCGCUGGCAAGUUCCCCCAGGUAGUUCUCAGAUUGCCGAUGCUCAAGUAUCUCGAUCUGAGAUUCAAUGAGUUCGAAGGCGGUGUCCCUAGUGAGCUCUUCGAUAAAGAUCUUGAUGCCAUUUUCCUUAAUGACAAUCGCUUCCAUUUCGAUCUCCCGGAUAAUUUUGGUAACUCUCCGGUUUCUGUGAUUGUUCUUGCCAAUAAUAACUUCCAUGGCUGUGUUCCUGCCAGUUUGGGAAAUAUGACCAACUUGAAUGAGAUUAUUUUGCUGAAUAAUGGCUUACGAUCGUGUUUGCCUGCGGAGAUCGGGUUGUUGACGAAUUUGACAGUGUUUGAUGUGAGCUUCAAUAAGCUAAUGGGGCCGUUGCCUGAUACAAUUGGGAAGAUGGUGAGCUUGGAGCAGCUCGAUGUGGCACACAACAUGCUCUCGGGGACGAUUCCUACGAGUAUCUGUUCGCUACCCAAUUUGCAGAACUUCACGUACUCGUACAACUUCUUCACAGGCGAGUCUCCAUCUUGUUUGAGUCUUCCUGAAUUUGACGAUCGGAAGAAUUGCCUGCCGGCAAGGCCAGACCAGCGGUCGGCCGGGCAAUGUAAGUUGUUCUCGUCUCGUCGGGUGCAUUGUAGUGCUUUCAGAUGUGCUCAUUUUGUUCCUUCUUUGCCAUCUCCGCCUCCACCUUCACCUCCCAUGCCCAUGCCAUCGCCACCUAUUAUUACGUCACCUCCACCGCCGGUUUUCUCCCCUCCGCCAGUUUUCACGCCUCCAUCGCCAUCGCCACCACCGCCACCACCGCCGGUUUUCUCCCCUCCGCCAGUUUUCACGCCUCCAUCGCCAUCGCCACCACCGCCACCUGUUUUCUCUCCACCACCGCCUGUUAGCUCACCGCCCCCAACCCCAUCUCCACCACCACCUGUAUUCUCUCCACCUCCUCCCCCACCAUCCCCACCUCCGCCUUCACCACCUCCCCCAUCCCUUCCACCGCCGUCUCCAUCACCUCCUCCACCACCUCCUCCAUCGCCACCUCCACCAUCCCCUCCGCCACCACCAUCACCAUCACCAUCACCACCUCCCCCAUCUCUGCCACCACCAUCCCCAUCACCACCUCCUCUAUCUCCGCCGCCGCCAUCCCCAUCACUACCUUCACCAUCUCCACCUUACUGUGUUCGAUCACCACCGCCACCUCCAGUUUACUGUGUUCGAUCUCCACCGCCGCCAUGUGUUCGUUCUCCGCCUCCGCCACCUCCCCAUUCACCACCUCCGCCUUCACCACCUCCACCGCCCCAUUCGCCGCCACCUCCAUAUUCACCACCACCUCCGCCACAUUCUCCCCCUCCACCCCCUUCACCACCUCCUCCCCAUUCACCACCACCUCCGCCACCUUCGCCACCUCCUCCCCCUUCACCACCACCUCCUCCCCCUUCACCACCACCUCCUCCACCUUCGCCACCUCCUCCACAUUCACCACCACCACCUCCAAAUUCGCCGCCUCCUCCGCCAAAUUCUCCCCCGCCACCUCCUCCACAUUACUAUUCCCCACCUCCACCUCCACAAUCGCCGCCUCCUCCGCCACAUUCACCCCCGCCACCUCCUCCACAUUACUACUCCCCACCACCACCACCCCCAUGCAUAGAACCACCACCACCUCCUUGCAUAGAACCACCGCCUCCACCACCUUGUGAAGAGGAUGAACCACAAGCACCCUCGCCGACUCCGGCGCCGGCACCAAUUGUUGGAAUUUGAUACGCAUCUCCUCCACCACCUCCCUUCUAUUGAUUCUUUUGAGAAAUUUCUUUCUACAUUCCCUCCUUCAAAGAAAGAAAAGCAAUGUUUCAGUCAUCUUGGCUGUUAUUAGAUUCUUCUUACUCUUCUUUUACUACUUCUCUGUCCACAAUUGCUAUUGCUGUUUGGGUGAGUCUGGCACCCGGACAAAAAAUGAAGAACAGAAUUCCUGCAAUCAUCGAAUGGGUUCCGGCAAUAUGUGCUAUGUAUUGGUCGAAUUUAAUUUGUUGGGGAAAAAGAGAAGUGGAGACAGACAAGGGGGACAGAAGAGAAAGUCUCUCCAUAUAUUUGAAUUGUUAUGGAUAUCUGAAUUGUGAAUAAAUUGCUAGGGAGAGAUUUAGGUGUCAGGGAAUUGUAUGUAUAGUGUUGAGAUUCAUGAGAAAAUUGAUAAUCAGGGUCUGAAAGGCAGUAUCGCUUCUGCUCCUCUGCUGCUGCUGCUGCUUCGUGGGUUUUUCAUUAUUGUCUUUUUUAUUUUUCCUUUCUUUUUAUCAUACUUCAUUUCUUUUCUGAUUUUCAAAUUUAUAGUAUAAUGAACAUUUUCAGUUACUGAUAUUCAUAUCAAACCAUUAUAUCUCCAAUUUCUUCUUAGAUCUUGUGUUCUACAGGGGUGAGAUUGAAAAAACCAGAUCUAUCAAUUGUACAUU